GCCAGUCAGCAUGUCUGGAGGAAGUUCAGCUGACCGACAUCAAACCAGGAGAGGGAUUGGGCAUGUACAUAAAAUCCACCUACGAUGGGCUUCAUGUCAUCACUGGCACCACUGAACAUUCCCCAGCUGAUAUGACACGCAAGAUCCAUGCUGGAGAUGAAGUCAUCCAGGUCAACCAGCAGACAGUGGUGGGUUGGCAGCUGAAGAACCUGGUGGCCAAGCUGAGAGAGGACCCUAAAAGCGUGGUGCUUAUUUUAAAGAAAAGGCCCACAGGAACCUCAGGAUUUACCCCAGCACCUCUCAAAAACAUGCGCUGGAGACCGCCCGUGCCUCAGAGCUCCACAUCUCCUAGUAAGAGUCAGUCAGACAAUUCUGCCAAACUCUGCAGUAGGAAGGACAAGCCAGCCAUACUGGACCUGUACAUCCCUCCACCUCCAUCAGUGCCUUACGCACCACGGGAAGGACGGAACAGCUCAUACACCAGCCUUAAUGCCAGACCUAAAGGCUCGGAGUCCCCAAACUCCUUCCUGGACCUGGAGAGCCACCGGCGCUUCACCAUUGCGGACUAUGACAAACUGUCCGUUCAGCCAGUUGAGGUCAGCAUACAGAUGCGUCCAAGAGGAAGAUCCUCAUCACAAGGUAAACCACGACCUCUGUCAAUGCCUUCGGAUACAUGUUUGAGCAUGGCAGACCUGUAUGCAGAGCCCUGGACACAGGGGCGGAAAGGUGAAGAUCUUCUGUACAGAUACCUAAGCAACGAACGCAUACCAACUAUCUCUGAGGAGGCCCCGGACCCAGGCUCAUCUUACAAGUUCACAGUCGAAAGACCCGCUUAUGUGAUCGACUACUCGAGGAACAGCCGAUUCCUUGUCAGUGCGGAUCUACACAACAGCGCCACCAUACCAUAUCAAGAGGACUUAGUCAAAAAGACCCCCAUGACAUCCACCCCGAAACGGCCCCCCGCGGAGCCCUCGCUACUGGAUCCCGACUGGACCUCCAACAACGCAUUCAUCAACAGCAGGUACAGCAAUAGUGCCAUGCGGUCCUGGUCAUUCUCUCAAGCAGCCUCCUUUCCCAUUUCCCUGGCUCCUUGUAUGGCUUCUGAUGAGUACAAUCCGGUGUCCCUCAGACAGAAGUCAAAGAAGAAGAAUUUUAGAGGAAGUCCAAGAAUGAGCAGAAGGAGAGUUUCAGUGAAAGAUUUGGACCCAGUGGACCAUCAGGGCUGGCUUUAUAGGAAGAAAGAGGGGAAGGGAUUUCUGGGUAUUAAGUGGAAAAAGUAUUGGUUCGUGCUAAAGAAAACCUCUCUGUACUGGUACACAAAUCAAGUGGCUGAAAAAGCAGAAGGCUUUAUAAAUUUGACUGAUUUUGUAAUUGACCGGGCGAUGGAAUGUAAGAAAAAAUAUGCGAUCAAAGCUUGCCACCACAAAGUCAUGAUGUUUCACUUUGCAGCAGACAGCAAUGAGGACAUGAACUUAUGGCUGAAUAAACUUGGUCUGGCAUCUAUUCAGUAUGAACCCACAGAGGCUCAUACAGCUGAAUGCUACAGUGAGGCCAGUGAUCACGAGGAGUCCACUGACACGCCUCCACCGCCGUACUCUGAACACCACACCCAAGCUGUAGCAAAUGCCAGUGGUCCAUCGGCCACUGUGCACCAGGGAAGCCUUCCUCCUCCAUAUUCCUCCCCUGUUCCUAGUGAAGCCACUGGAACCCUCUCCUCCCCCGUCAGUACAAUGAACUCCCACAGCUCUGUCUCAUCUCUGGCCAAGCAUAGACGGUCUUGGCUAGACCUUGUCUCCCAGGCAACCCCUACUGCUGGUGAAACUGUGGUCUGCUCUGCUGUGGUCCAUACAAUGAGCACCUCAAUAAAGGAAACCUCACAACAUCGUGAAGCCACAGCUCCAUCUCAAGACCCCCUUGGAUGCUCAUCUAGCACAUCACCUAUGGCAAUAUCCACAGAGCCAGAGGAACCAGAAACACAGCUGAUCUCAACUGACACCAGACAAGAAACUCUAGAUGGACAGGAAGGAACUGAUGAUGAGAUGGAAAGAUUGUACUUACAUUUGAAAAGAGCGAGUUUGUCUCCAACGGGUGAGCGGAAGCCAUCAUCAAAAUGGGAAUUACGAGCCUCAUUUAUAAAGCGUUCCAAAAACCAGACACUCAAUGAGAAGAUACAUCUCAUCAGAACCCUCAACAGCACUCUAAAGGCUAAAGAAGCAGAUCUACUGACUUUGGAGCAGGUGGUGGCUGACUCCACUCUCACUGCAAGUAAAUUCAGGGAGUGGAAAGAGACCAAUGCUGUUCUGCUGCAGGAGAUUAUUCUGAGCCGCCCCCUACAGACUGAACCCUUGACUGCCCCUAGUGCCUCAGCUGUGCAUCCCUCAACAUAGAUGUCUAUACACACCGAAAGAGUAUACACCAGAACACAAACACUGCAAAAAUGGAAUAUGUUUUCAAAUCUGGUCUUGAAAAAAGAAUUCAAAAAAUUUAUCUAAGA